CAUCCAUCCAUCCGGGGUAACGGUAGCAACGGUAGCGGCAGCAGUAGCUGCACGUGGGCAAUGUGUUCGUGCGCAGACAGCACAUGACAACACAGUUUCACGUGGUUUCACUAAAUAGUUACCUUUCGCUGACCUCGUCCAACGUGAUCGGACGCUGUCAAGCAUAAUGGGGCGGCCGCCACGGGGCCGUAAGCGACGGGCAGCGGACACUCCGAAGCUGUCCAAGAAAGACAGGCAGCACUGGGUCAACUUUGGCGAAGAGCACCCGGCCAACGAACGGCCGUCAGUAAGCGAUCGCGCCGCUGUAGUCGUGCCUUCUGAGGCCGCAGCCGAUUCCGACGAUGAAGAAAGCUCUCAGUCGGCGGCGGACUCCGGCAGCGAGAGCGACGAUGCUGUGGGCCAACUGCUGGGCACAUUCGAUAGCCGCCGAGCUGCCAGUGGCGAUGAAUCGCCGGACGACGACGAACCGGGCAGCGAGAGUGAGGAUCGGCCGCUGGACGAGAAAGAUGACGACGCGAGCGAACACAGUGCUGCUGAAGACGAGGAGCAAGAACAGGUAGUUCUGUGUCGGGUGCUGCAUAUUUUAACUACGCGCCAAUGGAAGGAACUUCCAGCACAUAAUGAUCCCUUCUCUGUGCACUUUGAGUGGAACAUUGAAGGGGAAAAGUUUCCUCUCGAAAAUGCUGAACGAACUCGCCACGAGCUACGCUGGCCAACACUGGGCCAACUUCGAAUCAUGGGAACCAAGGAGAACCUCCGAGAUGUUGCCCUCACACGAGCCUCGAGCAAGGACAGCCUGUGGCUUAAGAGUUCCCUGGCUAUACCUGAAAUGCUGACACCACUUCAAUUGGAGCUGCUGUCUGUGCUGACCUCCUACAGGGACCUACUUUUCACAGAGCGCACGCUGACAAAUGGUGAAGAAGUGCGUGCCACCUACUGCCUACAUGCCCUCAACCACGUGCUCAAGAGCCGGUCUCGUGUUCUGCACCACAAUGCACGACUGCGUCGAGGUGCCAGCACGGAGCUGCGAGACCAAGGGUUGACACGGCCACGAGUGCUUUUUCUGCUGCCUUUCCGGGAGUCAGCUCUGCGCACGGUCAAGCUGCUUGCCCAGUUGCUGCCUGCAAAAGAAGUGGCCCACAUGUCCCGGUUCCUGAAGGAGUUUGGUUGUGAGGAGGAAAAGAAGCGUUGGCUGGAACGCCCUGAGGACUACGAACAGACUUUUGUGGGCAACACUGAUGAUGCAUUCCGGCUGGGCUUGGGUGUAUCCGGCAAGAGCCUGCGGUUGUACCGAGACUUCUAUGCCUCUGACAUCCUGCUGGCCUCGCCCUUGGGCUUGAGGACUGUGGUGGGUGCUGAGGGAGAGAAGGACCGCGACUUUGACUUCCUCUCUUCCAUCGAGCUGGUUGUUGUGGACCAGGCUGAAGUGCUACUCAUGCAGAACUGGGAACACGUGGUGCACCUUUUGGAGCAUGUGAACCGGCCAGCUGUGGAACCGCACGGGGCAGACUUCUCCCGCGUGCGCCUUUGGUGGCUGCACGGCUGGGCUCGCCGCUUUCGCCAGACAGUGGUGCUGAGUGCCGUGGCCCAGGCACCCAUCUCAGCUCUGUUGAGCAGGCAUGCCCAGAACUAUGCAGGCAUGGUGACCUCUGCUAACACCUUGGAACCAGGCUCCAUUGCAGAGGUGACAGUUUCCCUCGCCCAAGUGUUUCAGCGCUUUGAGGCUGCUUCGGCUGCUGACGUGCCUGAGGCACGCUUCCACUUUUUCACCGAGAAGGUGCUGCCACCGCUGCUGCGAGAGGGCUCCCAGGGUUGCAUGGUGUAUGUGCGCUCUUACUUUGACUUUGUGCGGCUGCGCAACCACCUGCGCUCACUCGACGCCAGCUUCUGCCAGAUCUGUGAGUACACAUCUGAUGCCAAAGUGUCUAGAGCACGAGGAGUCUUCUUCACUGGCCGACGGCGGCUUAUGCUGUACACCGAGCGAUUCCACUUCUACCGCCGUUACCGGAUCAAAGGUGUGCAGCGCCUCAUCUUCUACGAGCUACCAACGCUGCCACAAUUCUAUCCCGAGCUCUGUCGCAUGGUGGCCACGGGAAACAAUGGCUGCACCAGCCUCUUCUGUCGCCAGGAUGCGCUGCCCCUGGCAGCUGUUGUGGGAAGCUCACGUGCUGCACGCAUGCUGCACACUGACCGUGACGUACAUGUGCUCGUGUCAGCAGGCCAGUAA